AGGUCAAAAGAUAACAAAAGGCAAUAAUCAAUCCAAGAGUCGAGAGUCGAGAUUGAGGAACCGAGAGGGAGAGACUGGAAAUUAAUUUAGCGUUCGCCUCGUUCUAUCUCCGCUCAAGCUAACUUUGAGGGGUCGGAUUGCUGUGAGGUAUCCCAGUAGACCAAGCAAGCAUGAGUCCCUUCAUGACUCACGGGAUCACGCUUCGAGGGGCUUGGUAAUGGAGGGGUGGUAAUCUUAUUUGGGGGCCUCAGCCACUACGGUCAGCCUCUCGACUCUGGUCCGGCCCGGUUCCCGCCCUCCCGUGCUCCCGUGCUCCCGUGCUCCACCCCGGAAUUCCCGGAUCCCAGGAUCCCAGACACUGUCAGACGAAGACAAGAAGGGAGCGCCCAUUGUGCAUCAAGUCCCUCGGUGUCAGUUAGGUUAGCGACCUUGGGUCCGAUCAAUGGACUCAUGAUUGGCAUUUGAUGCAUAGAGAUCCGACUGAUUAAACGCUUAUCAACUCGGUGGUGACCUGUAUGAACGGCCGCAUACUGUUCCUUAAUUUUCUCGAGGAUCGCACUUACCGGGGUUUUGAUCGCCCUCAGGGUUUUCCCCUGAACGAACGUUCUCUCUAUUUGAGAGGCCUGAAUGGGAAUCCCAGUCUCCAGGGCCCCACGCGUUGGAUUUCACUCUGAAAAGAAACAUGAUGGCCAUGCCUACGCCCGGGGGAGGGGGGCUGGGCCCCGCCACCUACUCGUUCCAGUCCAGUCAACCCAAUUAUGAGGCGGCUGUGCAUAAAAUCCAAUAUUUAUCUAAAGACGAACUCCAAGACCUCCUCAAUAACGACAGCGCUUUCGAACGAUUCAUUCAAGGGCUGGAGCAAAUUCAAAGUUUGCAAGGCGAAAAAGAAAUGCUCAUGGCCAGUAACAAGUCGUUGGCCGAGUACAACCUCAGUCAAGAGCCCGUCUUAAGGCGGAUCCGACUGGAAUUGGAAGCGCGCAAAAACGAGGCCGCCACGCUCAUCCAAGAGGUGCGAUCGCUUUUGCAAAGUACCGAUCAACGGCGUGGUCAGACGGAUCCCGAAACACUUUUAGCGUUAUUGCGGGCCUCGGCGGCCAAUGUGGACGAGGAAAGCGAUCAAAUUGCUACUGACUUUCUUGAUGACAAAUUCGAGAGUGUGGAUCGAUUCCUGGAGGCGUUCAUUGAAAAGCGCAAGGUGUCACAUCUCCGCAAGGUCAAAGGUGACAAGCUAGAGGAAAUGAUCGAAGAACGGCGACGGAAACGCCCGACCGGGGUAGCCGGCCUGACCCCGGCGCGAAACGCUCCCCCGCCACCCCCGGCCAUCUAUCGUGCUCCGAACGGGCCACCCACUGCUUUAGUCGGUAACCUGCCGUAUCCAGUGAACCCGGUCGGCAUGCCCUCACCGUACUAGCGCGACGAGUUGAUGUCAGAUGGACUAACACUCUCGCCAAUGUCUGGACCCGUGUUUUCCUAUUGAAUUAUAAUGGUACCACUUUAUUGAAAUUUUACCGAGAGGGCUAAAUUAAGGCAGAAUGAAUACGAGACCCAGCGGCGUGGCGCGGAGCCGGGCGCUAAGAAAAACACCGAUGGAUAAUAAAGACGCCCAUGAGGCCAGCAGCGACAGUGUACCCGAGACCUCGCAUCAUUUGGUUGCUGUCCUCCCGAGAGAGCAAGGGCGAGCUACUGACUCUAAACUGCGAUCGAAUUUUGCCGUGUUUCUUCUGAAAAUUGAAGUGACGCGAGGACUGCGUGGCUCCAUCGAGUUGGGAACGGGAUUGACGAUCGCCGUCUUUGGUCAUGCCAAAGCGUUUUUGGUACACAGAGCGAGUGUCGUAAAACCGCUGACCCUCGUACUAAAAGCAGAAGGGAAAGUGCAUGAUGAGUAGACACACUUCAAAUGAGUGACACCCCCGGGUACACCCCCGGAGCGGGCCUGGGCUCAUUCUCUACCCCCCUCGGGACCAAGAGCUAGGGUGUGCAGGGCCCAUCCGCCAUCCGGCUGAGCCCAGCCAUCGCGUCAGGCUCGGCCCCGAAUGUCAUGCCAGUCGUGUCAGUCAAGUGAGUAGGAUUACCGUAUGAGAGGCCCGCUCCAGAUCGGCCACAGACGUGUGCUGGCCCAAAGUGCCCUUGUCGUAUUGGCGUCGCAAGGCCGCGUGACCCAGGAUAUCGUGGGCUUGCGUGACCUCGUGGAACUUGGCCAUACUUUCCGGAUCCGCCUGGUUCCGAUCCGGAUGGUACAAUUUGGACAAGCGGUAAUAGGCCUGUUUGAUCUCCUCCGAGGAGGCCUGCUCCGUCAAACCCAACACAUGGUAAUGGGUACGUCGAGGGGUCACGCCCGAGUCGUUUCCACCCUCACUCAAGCCUCGCCACCAGUCUAAACGGGGACAGGCCCGGGAAGCGGCCAGACUGCGACUCAGGCCGACCGGUCGGCGGCCGACCGGCGAUAACCAAGCCAUGGUUGUUAUCUAAUGAAAGGCUGGAGCCCACCUACGGUUUUGACGGAGUAAAAGAAGGCGCAGACAUGGGCGCUGGCCAGAUUGAUCGUGGCCCAAUGAGUCUUCGGAAUCAAGCGAUGGCACGAUUGCUAGCCAAGAGCUCACCUUCCAGUUAUUGGCCUUAUCAUUUACAGGAAUUACAUCACAGAGGUGUCAUUCCUCGCUCAGAUCUCACUCUCGGGGCCUGUCGGAUAGGUUGAGUGAAUGACGGACAGUCAGUCAGUCAGUCAGUCCACUCUAGCGCCACUCAUGAUCGUGGAUUUCGAGAAAACGCGCCCUCGGACACAACUGUCGGUUAAGGCACAGGAAUUGCUAAUUCAUCUCAAAUUAAUGAAAAAUUAGCAUUUGGCAUACAUAUGCGAUGGAAAUGGCAGUUUUAUAUGUUGAUGUUAUUUUUUGAUGAUGAACAAUCAGACCACUGGCAACUGUCUAGUCAUUCGGCUGGUAAGAAUCUAUCCUAUUUGAGAGUUCAUUUCAAGGGAAGGAGGAGAUACAUGUCAAUGUCUGAGGAUCGCUUAGGGUGACUGGACAGGGGGGGACGAAAAAUUGACGGGGAAAAACGCAGGACCGACAAAAACACGGUUUGUUGACUUGCCAGUCCCAACUCUGAUGGAUUGCUAUCUAAUGAUGACGGGUUCCAUGUAGACAAUUUCCCAUUCCAUCUUAAAGCAUUGCCUCAUCCGGGACACAACAGCGGCGGGUUCGCCCAUUGCCGCUCGACAAGCACCAAGUGCCAUUGUAGUCAUAGGCCCACAAAGAACCUGAGAUAUGGUAUGCUUGGGAACAAUGGGGCAGCGACAUUAAAACGAGGGUUCAGCUAAUUCAACACAUCAGCGCCGGCAGGAUUGGCAUAUUUUCAGCCGUCAUUUGGCCAUCCAUUAAACACAGGACCAGAUUGUCGUCCAUUGUGAUGACAGUAAUAUCGAGGUCAGAUGUAAAUGGCAGAAACCUAGAGGGUAAUUGUAGUUACUUGUAAUAUGUAUCAUAUUUUGACUGACAAUCAAGAAUGUAUUCCCCUGGAACGUCGGUUGUGGCUGCCUGGAUCAUCCAGUCCCGAAGUAAUUACUUAUGGUUAAUUUGGUUUGAUUAGAGUGUGUUCAGUAAGGAGCAAGUGUUAAUUGGUUUGGAUGUUGUACCGGUUGAAUGUUUGCUCUGGUGUUGAUUUUAGAUUGCACCAAUGACAAAAAUCGAAUCUAAUGAUCAUAGACAAGCCUUAAGCUCAACCAUUGGCCUUCGACCAAGUUGAUAUAAUUUCGGGCCGAGGCCUGAAUCCAAGCGCUUUAGAGCGAUUGGCACGAUCCAUGAAAAAUAGAGUCACCCUGCUCCAAGAGCUCCAUUUUGUGUUGUCUUCUAGCAGAAGGAGCUCAGCUGAGAGCGAGACACAUUUUAUGGUGACCAUAUCAAGAAACUAUGGAAAGUGUCACUGGGGAGCAUUUUGUUGAACCGAUCCUGACAUUCAGAUAAAAACCAUACUUGGAACCAAUGAGUAGAACAAAUGAUACUCACUAUUUUCAUAAAAGUACUUUCAGGUGUUUCAUGGGUCCAAAUUUGACCAAUGGUUCAAAUGGUUCAAAUUCUUCUGAUGCUCAAAUUCGGCCAUCCUGAGCGGUCUCUCUGUGCGUGUUCUCUUUGUGGCCACUGGCCAGUCAGUGCCCACCGCCAGCCAGUGCAGUGGUCUUUGAAUUACUUAUUUUCUUACUUACUUACCUACCUACAUUCUUUCAUUUCCUUUCUCAUUGGCUCGUUCCUGUUUGCGAUCGAGUCCAAGGAUCGUUGCCUGCAUUAUCAUUCGUAAAUUGCUGAUUGUGAGCCCAGUUUCGGUUGAAGCCCGCCUGAAAAUGCCUGUGCCCUUGAGUGACCACCCCAACCCGUGGCGGGUGCCCAGCCCCAUGGAACGCCUGGCCCGAGUGCACAAUCCCUACCGGAUUUACCGGGGCCUUCCGACCCAUGCCAAUCCGCAGCCCAUGGUCUUCGAGCGGCUGACUUUGGGCACGCAAAUGACGGGCUUUUUCAUCAAGGGAGGAAUAGUGGGGUUUUUGUAUGGCAUGUUUGACGUGCUCUACGUGUCUGGCAUCAAGAACCCGCGAGCUCAAAUCGCCCGGGGUCUCUAUUUCGCCGCCCCAGUGGCUGCCAUGGGCUUAUCCAUCCCGACCUUCAAGUCUUGCCUAUCGGCCUUGAGCGUUUACAAUGGCGGCGGUGCAGAAGACGUUUGGACUUAUGCCCUCACGCCAGCGGCUCCUGCUCUCAUCUUGAGUUACUAUUCCGGCAAGACGGUGAGCACGGCUGUACCCUUGUUUGUGCUUGGAACUUUUAUGAUGGUCUCCUAUCGCCUCUCCAUGAGCAUUGGUCCAUUGAUAGAUCACGGUGGAACGGCACCCCUUCGGACUUCCAGUCUAGAACCAUUCGGUGACUACCGAAUUGGCAAAGAGAGCAAAAUCUUGGGCAUGGACACCGAGGGACCGAGCUGGAAGCAAUUUCUGAACAAAGACAAGUAGUAACUGUCGGCCCAAUGGCCAGUCAAUCAGUGUGGAAUGUACACAAAAUAAAUAUAUGUAUAUUAGUUCCUCACAGGGGCACAACAA